CGCGCACACACACUCUCACAGCGCGCGCGGCUCGGCUCCGUAUACAGUAACGUUGCUCGGGUUUGGAUUUUCCAGCGCGCGAGGAGGAAACAUCUGAGACCCGGCGCACGAGCGCGGCAGCGGGGACACACGCGGGGGCUCGCGCUCUUCCGGAUUACUGCACACUGAUCUCAUACAGGAGUGUACUGACAUACCGGACACACAGCGCGCGAGACAGAAUGGACUGACCAAAGGGAUCAACGUCUUGGAUUUGGUCUCAUUCCCGUCUCCUGGUGUGGAAGUUUCGUGGGAGUCCCCGUCCUGAAGACCUGUUGACCUGGUCGGCGGUUCUUCAUCAUCACUUGACGUCCUUCUUCCUUUCUCUUUCUCUCCAAGCUGUUGCGUGAAAUCUCUCUGUGCUGUUCAGGGGGACGCUCUGUGGCCAGCAUGUCCUCCAAAGCACCCAUCUACCUGAAGCGCAGGAGCCGCAAAGGCAAGAAGGAGAAACUCCGUGACCUCCUCUCAUCCGACAUGAUCAGCCCGCCGCUGGGGGACUUUCGCCACACCAUCCACAUCGGGAGCGGCGCUGGCGGAGACAACCUUUUCGGCGACCUUUCCUUCCUCCAGGGCAAGUUUCACUUGUUACCCGGGGAGCAGGGUCAGCAAGCGGCAAUCCCCUGGAACUGCGCUGCCACGGAGAGCUCCCCGCUGCUCAAGAACGCCCUUUCCCUUCCUGUUAUCGGAGGAGUGCAGGCGCUCACGCUUCCGGCCUCGGGCCCCGUCGCGCCGCAGCCUCCCGUCCCUGCCAUGGCCCCUCCCCCAAAACCUCCCAGGCUGCACCUCGAGUCGCCUCAGACCUCGCUCCCGGGCUCCCCGAAGCGCUCGCCCGAUCGCGAGCAGCCUUGCGUCGCGACAGAGGGAAAGGAAAGCGAGAGAAAGCAAGUUGAGAAAGAGGACGAGCCCGCCUAUCUGUCUCACGCCGGCUCCCUGCUCUCGCUCCACUUGGACUUGGGGCCGUCCAUCCUAGAGGAUGUCCUUCAGAUCAUGGACACUCAGAGGAUGGGCGGAAUGGGUGGAGGAUUCACGCCAAAUGGACGACAUGAAGUCUACACCUAGGACACUUUUUUUUUUUUUUUUGUACACUUUUUUUUUGUUCCCUCUCUUUUUAUUGCCACGAGUGCUGGAUUGAACAGUAACUUUUCCGUUUGUCCUUGAAAUUGUUCUCGGACUGUUCAAGGCUACAGAGAACACCCCCACCACCUUUUUCCAUUAUGGGAGAUAAACUGAGAACUGAAAACUUUUCUGACUUCCUGGUCUUCCUUUUCACUCUCCUGAGCCACUGAUUAAAUAACAAUUAAUCUUUCAAAGUCGUUCUGAUGUAACCUGUAUGUCAGGAUCAAUUUCUCUUCUUUCUUUUUUUUUUUCCCUCCCGAGGGAUGAACUCCAAGAGAAGAAAAACGACCUUCUCUCAGCACUGGCAAUGACGUCACCUUUCCCCUCGGUGGUGUUGCCAACUUCUGAACAAACACACACACACACACACCUCUCCUAUUAUUACGCUCCUUUUUAUUUCUCUUUUUUUAUUUCCUUGAGGAGCUCGCAAUAUGUCCAAGAACUACGAAUAAGGAAAGGUAUCUCAGCUGAAGACCAAGAGUGUGUCUUGCGUCUUCAUGGAAAUGUGAAAAGACUGGGAAAGGUUGAACCUUUUGGCGCUGCUGGAUGUUUCUGCACUCCCUCAGGCUGGGACAGUUGAUCCUUGUUUUUGAGUUCGAUCCUUUUUUAGACGGAGGUGUUAGGAUCGGGUUGUCACUGAAGCCACAGCUUGGGUUCGCGUUUUCCUCUGAGCCCCAGAGAUUUACCACUUCACGAGCGUUAGAGGGGAAUUCCAUACAUGUCUUUUUUUUUUUUUUACAUGGAGCUCUAAGGUGUGAACUAGGUGCUGGACUGGGCUUUGAAGAAAAUUCUAGAAACGUUUACUGACUCUGAUUUCUUAACACAAUGCUGAUUUUUUUUUAAAACUGGAUAUGAGCGAUGGACUUAAAUGUAAAAUGUUCCCGCGGCAUUAAGCCAGGCAUGUAGCAUUUGUGAAAAUCCAGUUGUUUUAUGAACAACUUUUGCAUCUUGUGUUUCACUUCGCCUCAAACAAAUUACGCCAACCUUGACUAGCUGUUUAUUUAGGUUGAAAGUAAAUGAAAAGGUUCUAAUGGAGGUCUGGCAAGAAAUGGAUGCAGAAUGUUAAACACAUUUUAAUUCAGUAAUGUCUUAAUGAAAUACUUUGACGCCUUAAAGAUUGUUGGUUAAUUUUUUUAGAAAAAGUGACCGCCGAAUUGUUUGCUCUUUACUUUGUACAUGCUGCUGCUUUACGAGAUUAUACAAUUGUAACAUAUCGAAGUUUAUCAUGAUAUUCAUUUGGGGGGGGCGGAGCUUAACAUCAAUGGGUGUGGAUUAUACCAACAAAAAACACAAAAGCAAAUUGGUUUAGUUUUUUGUAGAUCAAAAACGUAUAUAUUUCAAAGAUGAACUAUAAAGGUUGGCAAAGUUUAUUACUUUUACUCCAACACCAGCUUCAGAACAAAGUUGUGUGUGAGACCUAUUAUCAUGAUGCGAUCGAUCAGAAUCAAUUCACAAUUUUUACAGUUAUUUAGGCAAAUUACAAAAACAAACAUAUUAAUGAAUACAAACUGCUUCCAUGCUCCACAAAGCACUUGGGAAAACACUUUUUCACAAGAUUAUUACUUUUUCUUCUUUUGAAUUUAUGGGCGGUUGGUUGCAACACCACCACCUACUGGCAGGAUUGAUUACACAGCAUUUUAGUUUAUUAUUUGAUAUUUUUAAUACUUCCAACCCUGUAGAAAAAAAAAACAAAUGAAAUAAAAAAAAAAUUAGCUGUUGAAUCAAAUCAAAACGGAAACUGCAAUGCCCAAAAAUUUUUUAAUUUAAUCAAAACAGGAGUUUAUUCAUGAUCCACAGCUCUGGAAAAAGUCCAGGGUUGGCCCAGUUUAACAAUUUUAUUUUGAUAUAAAUAAUCAGGAACAUGGAAGAGGGAUACAGCAAGCUAAUAUAAGGUGUAGUGGCGCUAGGUCUAAGACAUGGAUAUAGAUUCUGACGUUUCAUCAGAUGCCAAGCGAACGGUCAGGAGGUGAGUGCCGGGGACGAUUAGGGGACGAUUAGAGGACGAGAGCAGCAGGUUGUAGCAGCAGUAUUGAGGAUACAGAAAGUUAGUAACGCGUGCACACUACAGUGACCGCCGCACAAAUAUGUUCAAAAUAU